AAAAAGGCCCAAAUUAAUAAAGCUUUAACCUAUUUAAACCUUCUUAUCUACUUCCAACUCCUCUUAGCAGCAGCCGUAAACCCUAGCCACUUCUCUCCGGUUUUUGACCUUGCUCGAUUUAAGCUGUAAUUAUGAGUAAGCUUCAGAGUGAAGCUGUGAGAGAAGCGAUCUCUGGGAUUGCAAACGAUGCCAAAGAGAAGAAUCGCAAGUUUACAGAGACAGUUGAGCUGCAGAUUGGUUUGAAGAAUUAUGAUCCCCAAAAGGACAAGCGUUUCAGUGGUUCUGUUAAGUUGCCACACAUCCCUCGUCCCAAGAUGAAAGUCUGCAUGCUUGGAGAUGCACAACAUGUGGAAGAGGCUGAGAGAAUUGGUUUGGAGUGGAUGGAUGUAGAAGCAUUGAAGAAAUUAAACAAGAACAAGAAGUUGGUGAAGAAGCUUGCAAAGAAGUACCAUGCUUUCCUUGCAUCUGAAGCAGUCAUUAAGCAGAUUCCCCGUUUGCUAGGACCUGGUCUUAACAAGGCAGGUAAGUUCCCUACACUUGUUACCCACCAGGAGCCCCUAGAGAACAAAGUUAACGAGAUCAAGGCAACUGUUAAGUUUCAGCUUAAGAAAGUUCUCUGCAUGGGAGUUGCUGUUGGUAACUUGAGUAUGGAAGAGAAGCAAAUUUUCCAAAAUGUGCAAAUGAGCGUCAACUUUCUUGUUUCACUGUUGAAGAAGAACUGGCAAAACGUUCGAUGCCUAUACCUGAAGAGUACCAUGGGGAAGCCAUACCGCAUCUUCUAAAUCAGUCUGUAUCACCAUUUUUGGCUGAGUUGCGUUGUAGGAUUUGAAUUUUGUUGACUGCCCUCUACUAGUAGUACAAUCUUAAUUGUUGUGAGCUUUAGUAUACUGGGAUAUUUUUCUCAAAUGAAAUGGCUAAAAAUUUUCUGCUUAAUUUUAUCAUCAGUGACCUCUUUCAUAUUUGAUGUUUUUUACCCUAUGGGCAGUUUGAAUUUUUUGGGGUUGAUCUCCUUGUAGAAGAUUAA